AUGGCGGAUAGGCCGCUUGGACUGGAGCAGCAGGGUUUGGUGUUUGAGGAGGAGAGACCGCCACCGCCGAACCAGGCCCCUCUGGCCCCUAUGCUGGAGUUUGUCUCCGCCCAGACGGGGGUUCCUGUGGUAGCCGUAGGGGGAGGGGCCAGUCUGGGACGAGAGCAACAGAACGAGGAAUUGGAUAAGAAGUACGCCGGCCUUUUGGAAAAGAAAUGGACCUCAGUCAUCAGAUUACAAAAGAAGCCCCAAAGAGUGGAUCCCACGCCCGCCAGAGAGAUACCGCCGUUGAGUGGCCCACCGCAGGUCCCGUCACCCGUGUCAUCUUCCACCCAGUCUUUCAGUUGUCAUGGUGUCUUGCUUCUGAGGACGCAACAAAUAAAGGUUUGGGACUACGAGACAGGGGACUUCGAACGCACACUGAAGGGCCACACGGAUUCAGUGCAGGACAUCUCUUUUGACCAGACCGGCAAACUGCUAGCCUCCUGCUCUGCAGACAUGACUAUCAAGCUGUGGGACUUCCAAGGCUUCGAGUGCAUCAGGACCAUGCAUGGACAUGACCACAAUGUUUCGUCUGUAGCCAUCAUGCCCAAUGGAGAUCACAUUGUUUCUGCCUCGAGGGACAAAACCAUAAAAAUGUGGGAGGUGGCAACUGGCUACUGUGUGAAGACCUUCACGGGCCACAGGGAGUGGGUCCGCAUGGUGCGGCCCCACCAGGACGGCACCCUGAUCGCCAGCUGCUCCAACGACCAGACGGUGCGUGUGUGGGCCGUGGCCUCCAAAGACUGCAAGGCCGAGCUGCGGGAACACGAACAUGUGGUGGAGUGCAUCUCCUGGGCCCCCGAGAGCGCCCACCCCACCAUCCAGGAGGCCACAGGCUCCGAGACCAAGAAGAGUGGAAAGCCAGGCCCCUUCCUGCUGUCUGGCUCCAGAGACAAAACAAUCAAGAUGUGGGACGUUAGCAUCGGCAUGUGCCUUAUGACACUGGUUGGCCAUGAUAACUGGGUGCGUGGUAUCCUCUUCCACCCCGGAGGCAAGUUCAUUGUGACCUGUGCAGACGAUAAGACCUUAAGGAUCUGGGACUACAAGAACAAGCGCUGCAUGAAAACCCUGGGUGCCCACGAACACUUUGUUACCUCUCUGGAUUUCCACAAGGCUGCUCCCUACGUGGUCACUGGCAGCGUAGAUCAGACAGUAAAAGUGUGGGAGUGUCGCUGAUUUGGACCUUGGAGGAUUGGACCAACACCCCCAAUUUCCCAGGAGCUCCUCUGGAUCCCACCUCUCCUCCUGCCAUCCCACCUCCUCUUUCAUCCCCCCCCCCUCCCCCCUCACCUAACCCUGCACAUCAUCUCCUCCGGCUGCACUUACACCAUGGUUAUUUACUCUCUGGUCCAAUAACUAUUGUCCUUCUAUGUAAAUUAUUCCUGGAUGUAGAUCGAGCUAUUAAAUGUUACACAAAAAAGUAUUCUUGCAUGGUAAUCCAAAAUUGUAUACUGUAAAUUUACAUAACGUCUAGAAGUACCAUAGGUUUACCACGAGGCUGGCCGUCUGUCACGCAGCCUUACCGACCAACCGAAGGCAGAUGUUUUUGACUGGGUGUAAAAUGUAGGGCACUAAAAACCGAUAAUUUAAGAAAUGACAGUGUCUUUAUGUGUAAGAUUUAUUUUUUGUCUAUUUUUUUAUUUAGGAUUUUUUUUCAGUUUUUUCUCUCCUUCACUGUCGUAGUCUGUUGGUGCCUCGCUUGGUGAAACUUCGGAAAGACGAGGCUGGAAAAGGCUUAUAUGAUGCGAUUGUCUGUGGGGCUUUGUUAUUGAAAUAAUCUGUAGCUUUAUAACAUCACUUCUCAAGUGUGCAUACCAUUUCUCUUCAUGUGGAACUAGGUAAUAUUUUAAUGGCUGUAUAUACGAAUGUUUCAAACUUUUGUCCUUGGACCUCGGGGGCUUUAAAACAGCGUUGUACUCUUGUCAGGGUGGCAAACAAACCACUGCUAGGCUUUAGAUAAAUUAUCCCAUUUAAGGAAUCUACAGCGAAGAAUAAGUUAAAAUGCAAACAAGUGGCUCUGUGAAUAACCGCACUUAGUUUUCACAGUAAGCCCGACGUAGAGAGCAAGUUUGUUUGUGUUGUGCUGUCGGUGUCACAGCAUCAACUGAACAGAGUUAAGGGAUUACUCCUGAUUAAUCUCCAGCACUUGAUAAAGGCCCACAGAUCUCCUGUGACCUUGCAUGUGAGACUCUUUGUUGAACUGAAGCCUCUGGCCACAACUAGUCCGCUGAGCACGAAGUCUCGGCAGGGUUCGGUGUAUCAUAGGAAUUAUGUAAAGUCAGAAGAUGGUGAGUUGUCCCGCGGCACCUGAAGCCUACAAACGGAAGCCUUGUGUAAAAUAAACCCGCUAAAGAGAAAAGCUGAAGGCAUGACGAGGAGUCAGUGAGCCCCCUGGGUUAGAUAUCUGGGAUGUGCAAAGAUCUCUAAUUUCUGAGGGGGAAAGAUAUGUUCUGCAUAAUAAAAAUGGUUUUGAGUAAAAAUAAAUUUAAAAAAGUCAGUUUUCUGUGAAAAUAUGAAAUGUAAAUUUAGCUUGUUAUUAGGAUUUGGCAAUUUUGUAUUAUCGCACUAAAGGAUGAACUGGAUGGGAAUUUAGGAUUAGUGUGGAAAUGCUAGCAGAUGCUAAGUGAUAUGUGGAUGGUGUUUCUGUCUGUAGAGCGGUCUGAUGCUUCUUUGUUGUAAAGAGCUCCUCGCUGUUUAAAGAGGCAGCAGCAGCGCCAGCAUACGGAGGAAAUGCUUAGAGCCCGAGCAGCGAGGAUCUCUGCAGACAAACCCAUCUCACAUAUAUGCAAACGUCGUCCGAGUGGCUUUCCUUAAAAAUAUUCAGCUUUUGAUCUUUGUGGAGCUGUAACUAAAAGACUGGAUGAUAACCAAACCAGUCCAAGCUGUAGAAAAAAAUCAUUCCACUCUCCUCGGAGGAUGAAAAAUGAAACAUCUUGCUUCUAACUGUUGCUGACAAGGUGGUUCAUUAAUCUUGCACAUCCCUGUUUUCACUAAAUCUUUGGUCCUUUAAUGAUGAUCAAAGACAACAUUGAAAUUGAAUGAUGUUGAUAAAUGCAUAAACGAUUAAUUUCUGAUUAGCCUUUUCAUUCCAAUGCAGUUCUUGGCUAAUAAAGAAUCCACUGCUUAACUGAUGUCCUUAUGUUCGCUUCUUUGCCACGUUUUCCUCUUCCUGUGUGUACCGGAUGUGUUGAUCUGCUGCUAAAGCUCCUGCUAGUGGCUGUGAGUCUAAUGUGACCUGUUGAUGUAGCACCGCUGCAUGUGAACCUGCACCAGAGGCAAAGCUGUCGGAACAAUGCUUUUUAAAAAGCUUAAAGACUGGAUCAGAGGCCGAUUGGUUUGAAUAGUGAGCUCAGAAACUGUACUUAAAUGAGCUCUACAUUAUAAGGAGAUAUACUGAUUGGCUCUCUUGCUUAGCAUUGGUUAAAUAAGAUUAUUGAUACCACUCAUUGUGGGAGAUUGGUGAGGGCUAUCUUUGCAAUUCAAAUAGAAAAAUAGAGAUAUCAGUAAAUCAAGACUAAAAAAAUUGUCUGGUCUGCAAAUGUGAGGGCAUAUCAUUUUAAGUGUUACAUGCUUGAAGCUGUAGUUGAUUUCAACAAAUUGACACUGGGAAAUAUUGAACAUUUGAUCUACAGUUAACGUAGUUGUGAGCAUAAAACAGUUUGAAAGGUCUCCUUAAUGUGUCAAAUUCAGAUGACACUGAGCUGGAAAACAAACACUUGAACUCGUAAAUAUUAAGCCAGUUUGCGUAGUUUAACACACAUACUAGCCUGGCUUUAUCAACACACAAUACCAUAACAUAAACCAGCAAUACCAGCAACAAAAAGUUCAGAAAUGAAUGUCUUGAAGAGAAAUUGUUAACAUAAGGUAUUACUUUUAAGAAAAGCUUAAGAAAGUCAUCAGUAAAGUAAAAUUGUUCUUAUAAGCUGACUAACCUAUGUGACUAUUUCUCAACUUGAACCAGUUUUAAGCUUUAGUGUGAGUGUUAUCAAUUAUCUCCUAAAAACCCAACUCUUGGCAAGCAAGCUGAUAAGCGAUUCUCUCCAAAUCUCAAACUAUUGCUCUCACAUUGCUGUGUACCAGCUGGCUUGAGGAGUUCAGACAGCUCUGUUUGUUGGUUUGUUGUGUGAUGCUAUUUGAAGGAGGUUUACGUCCUCUUCUGUAAAUGCAAUGGGAUUGUGGCAGACUAGGAUGUCCCUAAGGAUAAGCUCUCUCUUUCAGGGAAUAUAACUCAUGUCUCCCUUCGAUGUGUGCCCCCUUGAGGUUUUUUUUUUCUAUAAGCGUUUUUCUCUGACCUAACUUCUGAGGCAAGGAUUUUGGGUGGGGAAUCAGCUCAUUUUGUAGUACAUUGGCAUGACUAAUGAAGAUGCCAAUAUGUUAAAUGUUCUAGCUGAAGCCAAAAAUGGAGACGUGUCAAUAAAAUCUGGUUUAGCUUGAGAAAUCAGCCUCCUUUUGUUGUUGAUAAUGACUAGUCUCCUUAGGAUCACGCUAUGACAUACCAGACCAUACAAUGUAAAUUAAAAACGUUUUCCAUUUCCUUGGUUUUACCCAAGGAAGGUGUUAAAUGAAAGGUCAGGACGAUGUGUGUUCUGCUUCUUUUGUAAGAAUCAGAGGAAAAAGCUACAACACAGCUGCUGCUGGUGUUGUAGGCAAGUGUUGAAGAAAAUCCACUUCUACCAUCCGCAGGUCCAAAGCAAUCCUUGUUGUGCUGUGGUCUGGUGUGAAGGACCGACAGACACCUUGUCUGCAGGUCGUCUGCUCACCUGUCCUCUGUUACCUGCCUGUGAAACAGCCGAGAGCUUCACAACAAGCUCCUCCAGUAGAGCUUGUGAUGUUUUCACCACUAAGGUCUCACUCUUCACUCAGCAAACUGUUAACAAUAUACCUGGUUGUCAUUAUUGUUUGCGAUAUAAUAAAAUAAUAAAAUCUG